UAAUUGCAUUACAGAAAAUAAAGAACUUCAUCACAAUAUUCAAAUUUUCUGAGACAGUACUGUAUAUGUUCGACUUAUUCAACAAGAAUUGUGUGAAGGCGAUGGUCUUCACACAUAUAAUCUUCUACACCAGGGGUCACCAACCUUUCUUAAACCGAGAGCUACUUCCUGGGUACUGAUUAAGGCAAAGGGCUACCAGUUUGACUCACACUUCUGAAAUAGCCAAUUUGCUCAAUUUGGCUUUCACUGUGUGUUAUUAUUGACAUUUCCAGUUGACGUGUAAGUGUGAUUUUAACAAGAAUAGCAAAAAUACAGUCAAUCCUUGGUUUUUGACCACAGUCCGUUCCAGAAGGCGGUUCGACAAGCAAAUUGGUCGAUUUCCGAAUUUAUUUUUCCCAUUACAAAUAAUGGAAGAAUUUUGAAUCCGUUUCAAGACAAAAAAGCCCCGCCUUUUUUAAGCAUUUUUUCAUGUGCGCAUAUUUUUCCGAUCGCGCAACUGUAGCGCGUCGCCCACCACUCUACUGCACCGCGCUGGUCGCAUUAUUGUGACAGAGCCGUCGCUGAAAUUUAGAAAAAGUCCUGAUGUACUUUCCAAAAUUUAAGUGGACCUCAGCGCGCAGGGAGCUUAAUUUUGUCCGAUCACGUAACUGCAGCGCACCGCCGAACGCGCAACAGGAGCGCGUCGCCGACAGCGCAACUGCACCACGCUGGUCGCAUUAUUGUGACAGAGCCGUCGCUAAAAUUUAGAAAAUAAUUUUAAAGUCCUGAUGUACUUUCCAAAAUUUAAGUGGACCUCAGUACGCAGGGAGCUUAAUUUGGUCCGAUCGCGCAACCACAGUCAGUCGACAUCCGGGCCGCGCGGUCGGGUUUUCUCGGGUUCUCCUGGCUCAUCUCACGAGGUUCGACCUCCGAAUUUUGUUCGACAACGGAAGCAAAAAAAUCGCGAAUUUUUUGUUCGAAUUAUUAUUAUUCACUUCUAAUUUCUACUUACUUCAACCGAUUCAACUCGUUCCAACUUUCAACUGUUCAUCUUUUGCCGACCUAUUCCACACCUUCCCACUUACCAAAAAUUCCACAUUUUCACAUUUAAAAUUUGCGCGAAAUUUCACAAAAUCUCCUUUUUCACUUAUUAUUUCUACAUUUUUCAACCGAUUCAACUCAUUCCAAAGCAUUUACAUCAGGGGUCUCAAACUCCAGUCCUCGGGGGCCACAUUCCUACAUGUUGUCCAAGUUUCCCCUGUUAAACACACCUGAUCCAAAUGAUCAGUUCAUCCUCACGUUCUGCAGGAGCCUGAUAAUUGAAUCAGGUGUGUUUAACGAGGGAAACUUAGAAAACGUAGGAAUGCGGGCCCCGAGGACUGGAGUUGAGACCCCUGAUUUACAUCCUUCCAGUUUGAAAUUCACAUCAUUCAGCACAUUCAAAUCACAUUGGGGACAUUCCCAAAAUUGCCAAUCUAAAACAUUUUCACGUUUAAAAUUUGCGCAAAAUUUUGCAAAAUUUCGCAAAAUUUCAUUUUUCACUUCUACCGUUUUUUUCCGUGUAUAGUGCGCCCCCAUGUAUAGUACGCACCCCUAAAAAUGGCAUGCUUAUGCUGGAAAAAAGCUUGUACCCAUGUAUAAUACGCACCCAAUUUUUAUGAAUUUUUUUUUUUUUUAAGUCCCAAUGAUCGUCACACACGCAGGGAGGCAAUGGGUCCCAUUUUUAUAGUCUUUGGUAUGGUCUUAACUAGGCUGGAUGUAAUUUGUUUUGUUGGCGUUGAUUUCUCCGACUGCCCGUAAACGCACCACAGCGCUCCGUGCGCGCACGGGACAGCAAACGAGCAGGUGAUCGAGCAAGCGUCUGAUACGAGAGCAUUGCGGUCGCAUGGAGCGUGUUUGAAGUGAACAGCAGAGACGAAAGGAACAAGGCAAAGUGUUGUGAAAUAAAAUAUUACCUGUAAUACGGAUUUAGGUAGAGAACUGAACUCUCACUCUUUAUAUAGCUGACGUGUCUUGCGCAUCCGUUCUGCGCAUCUGUAAUGGCGGCCUCCGUAUGAUAUCCGGUUUGCGUGUGUGCGCGUGUGCGUGUGUGCGCGUGUGUGCGAGAGCGAGAGAGAGCGAGAGAGAGAGCGCGAGAGAGAACUCUCAACCGUAGCACGCCGCCGACCGCCCAACUGCACCGCGCUGGUAGCAUUAUUGUGACAGAGCCGUCGCUGAAAUUUAGAAGAUAUUUUUAAAGUCCUGAUGUACUUUCUAAAAUUUAAGUGGACCUCAGUGCGCACUGCGCAGGGAGCUUAAUUUGGUGCGGUCGCGCAACCGCAGCGCGCCGGGCGCUCACUGUCGCAUUGCUUAAAGAGCGCCUUUGUGUUUUAGGAUGAACAGCAGAGACCAAAGGAACAAGGCAAAGUGUUGUGAAAUAAAAUUUUACCUGUAAUACGCAUUUUGUUAUUUGCUAAUUGAAACUGCUAAUUAAACUGUGAAUUGAAACUAAUAGGAAGAAAACAACUCUCGCUCUUAACAUAGCUGACGUGUCUUGCGCAUCUGUUCUGCGCAUCUGUAAUGGCGGCCUCCGUAUGACGUCCGGUCCGCGAUGGAGAUUAAAAACAAACAAUAUUUGACAAUAACACACCAUCAAGGAUUGCACCAUCGCAUCAAACGAUGUGUCGUCAAUUAUGAACUUUACUGACUAAGUGUGUUGGGCAGGAUGGCUGAAUGCGAUGCGCGAUUGACAACAAACAAGAAGAAAGGCGAGUUUUAUUUCGGGGGAGAUUUGUCAUGUCUCGUCCCCAGUUUUGCUAUGUGUCUAGGUUGCCAUAGUUUCUGUUCGCGUCGCCCCUCUCUUCCUGUGUCACCUCAAUCGAUGUAACGUGUUUUGUAUUUAAGUCCUGUCUGCCCCUCGCUCACCGUUGGAUCAUUGCAUCUGUUACUGUCAUUCUGUUCCUGUCUUUGGUAAUGUCACCCUGUCUUUUUGUUCCACGACUUUGUCGGUCAGUCCUGUUGUUGGUUUUGUUGUACCAUGACUUUCUUUAAAAAAAAAAAUUAAAAAAAAAAUUUUUUUAAUUUCUUUUCUUUGUACCCAUGUAUAAUACGCACCCCAGAUUUUAGGACAAUAAAUUAGGCAAAUUUCGCGCACUAUACACGGAAAAAAACGGUAAUUUCUACAUUUUUCAAACGAUUCAACUCGUUCCAACUUUCAACUGCUCAUCUUUUGCCUACCUAUUCCACACCUUCGCACUUUAAAUUUUGAAAUUCACACCAAAUUUUCCAAAAAUUUAGUUUUUCCCUUCUAAUGUCUACAUUUUUCAACCGACUACACCCAUUCCAACUUCAUUCACCUUAUGCUUACCUUAUUCACCCCCUUCACCCCCACUUCCACUAUGCUAACACAAUUCAACCCUUGACCCCCACGUCCAGUGUGGCGGCCAUCAAAAUUGACCCAGAAGUGCCCCCAAUGAACCCAGAAUGAACCGGAAGUUCCCCAAAUCAAACCGGAGUGACCCUAAAUGAACCGGAAGUCACCUCAGGUAAACCAGAAGUGACCCAAAUAAACCAGAAGUUACCUUUUUAAACCGGAAGUGACCCCAAAUAAACCGGAAGUGACCUCAGCUAAACCGGAAGUUACCUAUAUCAAACCGGAAGUGACCCAAAUAAACCGGAAGUGAUCCAAAUAAACCAGAAGUGACCUUAGCUAAACCCGAAGUGCACUAAUUUAAACUGGAUGUUCCUCAAAUAAACCGGAAGUGACCUUAUUUUAACAAGGGGUCACACCAAAGACUAUAAAAAUGGGACCCAUUGCCUCCCUGCUUGGCACUUAGCAUUAAGGGUUGGAAUUGGGGGGUUAGAUCAAAGUCAAAGUCAGGUUUAUUGUCAAUCUCUCCACGUCACAACACACAAAGAGACCGAAAUUACGUUUUCUCUAUUCCACGGUGACGAGACAUAUUACACGAUAGCAAUACAAGUAAGCGACACAAUAUAAAAACAAGAAGGCAAAACUUCAAACAAUAAAUAGUAAGAGUGAUGAAUAAAUAAUAAAUAAACAGAUAACACAAUAAAUAAGAGGAGCAAAACGGAGCCAGCAAGCAUAGCUCAAAAGUACAGGAUGCUACGCAGAACAGGGAAGCGAGUUCAGGAUCCUAACAGCCUGGAGUAUGAAGCUGUUGUUGAGUCUGGUGGUGCGGGAGCGCAGGCUCCUGUACCUCUUCCGAGAGGGCAGAAGAUCGAACAGAGUGAGCGGAAUGACUCACAUCACUCACAAUCGCGGUCGCCUUGCCGGUGAGAUGGGAGAUGUAAAUGUCUUUCAAGGAGGGGAGUGAAGCACCAAUGAUCUUACCAGCCGUGUUCACUAUGCGCUGCAGGGCCUUCAAGUUGUAGUCAGUGCAGCUGCCACCCCAAACAGCAAUACAGCUGGAGAGGACGCUCUCAAUGGUGCCACGGUAAAACGUAGUCGUGACGGCCGGAGUUUCCGCAGGAAGUACAGGCGGAGCUGGGCCUUUUUUGCCAGUGAUGCGGUGUUGGUGGACCAGGAGAGAUCCUCACUGAUGUGCACCCCCAGGAACAUGGCGCUCCCCACUCUCUCCACCACAGCACCGUCGAUGGUCAGCGCCAGGUGUUGGGUGUGACCCUUCCGGAAGUCAACAACAAUCUCCUUGGUCUUGUCGACGUUCAGCAGGAGGUUGUUGUCCCUGCACCACGUGGCCAGAAGGUCAACCUCCAGCCUGUACUGAGUCUUGUCUCCCUUGGUGAUGACACCCACCAGAGUCGUGUCGUCAGCAAACUUCACUACGCGGUUGUCGCUGUAGGUUGCAGCGCAGUCAUGCGUCAGGAGGGUGAAGAGCAGCGGACUGAGCACGCAGCCUUGGGGGGCCCCCGUGCUCAGCGUGAUGCUGGCGGAGAUUUUGUCGCCCACACGUACCACCUGUGGCCUCUGACAGAGGAAGUCCAGUAGCCAGUUGCAGAGGUGGGUGAGGGCCGAGUGGAGGGCAGAGCAGAUGCCAUCCUCAGAGGACCGCUUGGCUCGGUGGGAACCAACCUGACGGACGUGAUGCUGAGGCGAAAGAAGUUGACGGUGAGGGAGUUGGGAGGCUGCAUGGGCCCAAUCUGGUCCAGUUACUUCAACGAUUGUUCGUCGGUCAUAUUUGUGGUGGACUCGUCCAAUGUGGCUCAAGUGUCAGCAUCGUGCAUCCAGCUGCUGUCGGUGCUUUCUGCCGGGCCUCUACAAAACGCUUCUGUGCUUAUCAUCUUUAACAAGCGGGACAUGCCUUGCACCAUAAGCCUGCCAGAGAUCCGCUCCCUGUUCCGAUUAGAUGACGUGGCGGCCUGCGCUCCUCAGCCCAUCGUCACGCUGGAAGCCAGCGCCCGUUCCGGGAUGGGACUGCGGGAGGUGUUGGCCUGGAUGGAAUCCAUCGCCGUCAAGUGACAGCCGGCAGGAAAAAGGACACUACUAUUUAUUUCAUUUGGUCAAUCAGGAGACCUUUUUGGGUGAACACAAGCAUGAACAUGGUGAUGCGCUACAAAUAUUUAAUGGAAGGCAGCCAGCCAGCCACAGAUGGUGACAGGCAGAGCAUGCUCUUGCACUGGAUGGAAGAAGGCAAAAAUUGUGCAUCCAUACUUUCUGACAUUUUCCACCCUUUCUGCUUUCUAAUGGGGCCUUGUAAAGCCACCGCUUUCUAUACACAUACAAAAAGGUGUAUGGUUCAGGAUGAUCCUGUAGAGCAGUGGUCUCCAACUGGUACCGGUCCGUGGAUCAUUUGGUACCGGGUCGCACAAGAAAGUAUAAAUAACUUAUUAUUAUUUCCGUUUCAUUUAUUUGAGUCUGAAUCAAUGUUCCCUCUAAUUUUUCAAAUGUCUGUGCAAACACACAUGCUCCCUGUGCACACUGUGGACCAUUGUGUGCAACACCAGAUUAAAUAAAUAAAUGAACAAACAAACAAACAAACAAAUAAAAUAUUGUCAACGAGAACUUUAA